GUAAAUAUCUAAAAUCUUUUUUUUUUAAGAUAUGUUUUUAAUUUUAAUUAUCUUUGAGCGUGACUGCGGGAGGCAGAAUUCAUCUACCAGGGCGAGAGCAAUCUCUGUGCCGUUGGAUAUCUGUGAGCACAGGCGCGGAACGGAAUUGGACGCUGACACACGUGGCAAAGAGCUCCUUUGUCAUGGAUAGGCUCCCCACUCAUCUAUGUGAUCUGAUGUGUUUCCGGUUAGUGGCCACUAAGAGUGGUUGUGCACGAGUAGAGUUCCAGAAAAAGAGGUGUCAAACCGAGGUCUGGCGAUGCGGAGGGUGUAGGAAAGCUGCGUACUGUGCGCUGUCAGUGCUUUCCAAACGCGCAGAAAGUGACGGCGCGCAAGCGUUAUCUCCACUAUGUCAACAAGUUUACUUAAAAAAAAAAUGUACUCACUUUCGCAGGGGAUUGGCGCGUUGUCAUGGAUACCUAGAUAGCACUGUCCAACCUUCUGUUAUAUUUGGAACAGAACAGGUUACAUUCAACCACUGGAGCGAAUAUCAAAGAGGGAAGCUGUUAUGGAAGAGCAGCGGGAUCAGAGUGAAGAUGACAGCGUUUCUCUGUCACCGAGCCUGCCCUCUCCACCUCUGCAGGCUGCGCACCACGCGCACAGAACCACGAACUUUUUAAUUGACAACAUUCUCAGACCGGACUUCGGCUGCAAAAGGGAGCAGCGUCCAGGUGCACGGUCUUUUGUUGCCCGACCAACUGUCCCCAGCACUCCUUGUACGGAUUCCAACUGCAGCACCGACAGUGUUUCAUCUUCAGCCUCGUCCACCGUUUCGUCUCCAGCCAGCAGAAGCCAUUCCAAAGUAGACGAGGCCGAAAGAGGGAACGCAGCAAACUGUGGGGUUGUCUCAGCGUCCCCCGUUGCUUUGAAUAGCCCGGGUGAAGCCUCCUCGCCCAGUAAGGACAAACAAGCGCUUCUGUGGCCCGCCUGGGUUUACUGCACGAGAUACUCUGAUCGACCUUCAUCUGGCCCAAGGACCCGGAAAUUGAAAAAGAAGAAAAACGACAGUGAGGAUAAACGACCCAGAACGGCGUUCACAGCUGAGCAGCUCCAAAGACUGAAGGCUGAGUUCCAGGCGAGCCGCUAUAUCACGGAGCAGCGGCGGCAGGCCCUGGCGCACGAACUCAAGCUGAACGAGUCGCAGAUUAAAAUCUGGUUCCAGAACAAACGGGCUAAAAUCAAGAAAGCCACCGGAUUCGAGAACGGCCUGGCAGUGCAGCUAAUGGCGCAGGGACUGUACAACCAUUCCACCACCACCCUUCAAGAAGACGACGGCAACUAUAGCAAAGACAGAGAGAGAGAGAGAACCCGCAUAGUAAAAUAAAAGGGUCGGAAGACUGAAGGGAAGAAGGAAAAACUCAAAUACUUGACCAGGAAUAUUAUAAAGGAAUAUUACCAUAUAUGUUACUUUAUCAACCUGUUUUGGAAAAGCGGUGAUUUUUUUUUUUUUUUUUUACAAUAAAAAUAUGUGGACUUAAUAAAUAUGCAGCCCUCAUUUUUAUUUUGGGGAUGCUAUUAAAGUCUAAUGGAUCGCGCUAUAGUUUGCUUGAAAUCGUUACAUGCCACUACCAGUAAAAAGACACUUUACAUUUGAUCUAAAUUGUUGUUUUUAUACUGUUAAAAGCAAUAUUUCUUCGUGCCAAAGAUGUAUUCGAUUAAAGUAU